AUGCAUUUUGUCCCUGCCUUUUUCGGAGCCCUUGUGUUUAUUAGUGCAGCCGUGGUUUCUCAACCUAUCGAUUCCACAGAUAGCACUUUGAAAAGUUCCUCUACUUCUAUCCCGCAAAUCCAGUCCAAUGAGCAAUCAGACCCGCAGUUGGAAAAGCGUGAUAUCCAUCUUUGGGGAGCUGAAGUCAGUAACCAAUUCUGGACAUCAGUUGCUGAUCGUCGACGUCGCCAAUUUAAUCGUAACCUUUACCGCCAAGCCAAGUCCCAGGUUAAGCUGAACCGACUACUUUUACAACAGUAUCCAGAACUGGCUGGUACAUUUGGCCCAGAUGGAUCCGUAGUUGGAGCUCCAAUUGGAUUCCCAGGUAGAUUCCCAAUGGGACCUUUGCCUCCAGGCGGACCUCCAAUGGGAAUUCCAGGUGGACCUCCAAUGGGACCUUUCCCUCCAGGCGGACCUCCAAUGGGAAUUCCAGGUGGAUUCCCGGGCGGACCUCCAAUGGGACCUCCUACAGCUAUAUACUCCAACUCGCAAUAUAUGGCACCACAAAGAAUGGAUGUCCGUUAUUGA